GGUAUUGAUACGCCCCCUUCGGUACGCCAGAGUCAUUCGCUUUGCUAUCGAAGACCUGGAGCCGAUCGAAACACAUCGUCGAAGAAGAAGAAGAAGAAGAAGAAGAAGAAGAAGAGGGCUCGAGAGAGAGAGGGAAGAGAAAUGGCGUUACAGUGGAUGAUACUGACGUACGUGGUAGCAGUGGAGGCGGCCAUAGCGGUUCUACUGACUAUACCAUCUCCAAAGCUUGUCAAGUCUCGCAUCGUGUCUCUCGUCUCUCUCAUCCUCCAACCUUCCAUGUUCAUCGUCCCUUUCUCUGCUUUCCAGCUCCUAGAUAUCUAUUGGAAGAAUGAGCACCGAUUGAUGUGCACUGGGGAGUUAUGCACUGCAGCUGAAAGAGAUCGCUAUGAGAAAUCGAUGUACAAAGCUCAGAGGAAUGUGAUUAUGUGUGCUGCAGCAUGCCUUCUAUAUUGGUGUGUCUACCGCAUAUGUAAGUAUUACAAGGAGAUUCAGAGUUUGGAAGAGGUGGAGAAGAGGUACAAGGAUCAGUAGCUUUCCUUGCCCUUUUGCCUUGAUCUGCUGAAGUAUGUGGAGAUGUACGGGACUAGUACUCCCCAUUUUCCUUUGCGGUUUCAUUCUGACGUCUGGGCUCUUAAUUGUGCCAAUUUCUACUGGGUCUGCUAUGUGCAUGAGACUAGUGUGCUUCCUUUGUAUUCAGAUUUCUCUUGCGUUACACCAAAAAACAAGACGGAAGUGGUUUGAGAUGUAAUAAUGCAUAAGUAGUACCACAAUAUGUUCUAUUCCGAAUGCUAUAUGGCAUAUGCUCUUCUAGUGCU